CAUAAAUGGACGUGGGUGCUGAGAGCCCACAGAACUGACACUACAGGUUCGGAGCACCGGGCCCGCAGCCAUCAUGAGUUUGUCCGUGCAAACCUGGAGUUUAAUUAUCUGCCUCUACAGCCUUUUGCUGGCCUCUCCAACGUAUCCGGCAUUUGCAGCUACCCGAGACAACUGCUGUAUCUUAGAUGAAAGAUUCGGUAGUUAUUGCCCAACGACGUGUGGCAUUGCAGAUUUCCUGUCUACUUACCAAGCAGGCAUAGAUAAGGAUCUGCAUUCUUUGGAAGACAUGUUAAACGAAGUAGAAAACAAAACGGCAGAAGCCUCAGAACUGAUCACAGCAAUCCAAGUCAACUAUAAUCCCGAUGAGCCACCAAGACCAAAUAUAAUAGAGGGUGCUACUAAGAAGUCCAAGAAAAUGUUAGAAGAAAUUAUGAAAUAUGAGUCAAUGAUCAUAACACAUGAGUCAAGUAUUCGAUUUUUGCAGGAAAUAUAUACUUCAAAUAGCCAAAAGAUUAGUAACCUGAAACAGAAGGUAGCCCAGCUUGAAACAAAGUGUCAGGAACCUUGCAAAGAUACAGUGAAAAUAUACGAUACGACAGGGAAAGAUUGUCAAGAUAUUGCAAACAAAGGAGCCAAAGAAAGUGGACUUUAUUUUAUAAAGCCUCUGAAAGCUAAGCAGCAGUUCUUAGUCUACUGUGAAAUUGAUGCAUCCGGAAACGGGUGGACUGUACUUCAGAAGAGACUUGACGGCAGUGAGGAUUUCAAGAAAAGAUGGACUCAGUAUAAAGAAGGCUUUGGACAUCUGUCUCCCACUGGCACCACGGAGUUUUGGCUGGGAAAUGAGAAGAUUCAUCUGAUAAGCACACAGUCUGCAAUCCCAUAUGCAUUGAGAGUGGAAUUAGAAGACUGGAGUGGCAGAACCAGUACUGCAGAUUAUGCCAUGUUCAAGGUGGGACCAGAAGCGGACAAGUAUCGCCUGACUUAUGCAUACUUCAUUAGUGGAGAUGCUGGAGAUGCCUUUGAUGGCUAUGAUUUUGGUGAUGAUCCUAGCGACAAGUUCUUCACAUCCCACAAUGGCAUGCAGUUCAGUACCUGGGACAACGACAACGAUAAAUUUGAGGGCAACUGUGCUGAACAGGAUGGAUCUGGUUGGUGGAUGAACAAGUGCCAUGCUGGCCACCUCAAUGGGAUUUAUUACCAAGGUGGCGUUUACUCCAAAGCAUCUACUCCGAAUGGUUAUGAUAAUGGUAUCAUUUGGGCCACCUGGAAAUCCCGGUGGUAUUCCUUGAAGAAAACCACCAUGAAGAUAAUCCCACUGAACAGACUCUCCAUUGGAGAAGGACAGCAGCAUCACCUGGGAGGAGCCAAACAGGUUGAGCACCAUGCUGAAAUAGAAUAUAGCUGAGUCACUCCACACUGCUAACUGUUUGCACAGAACAACCAGCUUGUUUCUAUUGACUCACAAAGUUUUGGAAGAUUUCCUGACUCCCCAUCCCCAUUUUUCUUAUGACAUUUAUCAUUUUAAGCCUUCCAUUAAGUGUAUUUAGCUGAAGUGGAAAUUAGAACCCACUUUGGACUGUACAUAUUACCCAAUCACUAUAAUAAGAUUUCUUUUUAAAUUCUUUGAGGAAGGAAUACCUUGGUUAGUUUCCCAAACAUAUAGUAAUAAAAAGCGCAUGGUCAUGUUUUGAAAUUCAA